UCGCGAAUGACUUCCUUGAAUUGCUUUGUAAUGUUAUGUACAUGUUAUCACGCCGAAGUAAUCUCAACCUGGCUCAAGCAAUCUCGCUCUAGCCGGGUACUUACAGAGUGGUUUUCGUUCAUUAUUUCGUUGAUAAUAUUCCACACCGGGAUAUGGAGCAUGUCGAACAUGGGGCUCGACGUUGCUGAAUCCGCCGCGAUCGCGCUAUCGGCUGGUGGCAAGCUACUGGAUUUGAUUUGCUGCAGGUACUGCUCGGAAAUGUCAUUCAUCUGAGAGAAAUGUCAACCAGCAAUAAGGAGCAUGCUUGAGUGCGCGUCAGAGAUACCGACAGAUGACCACAU